GGGAGAAAGAGAGGGAGGUGCUACAAACUGAGGGAGAUAAGAAAAUCCCAAAUACAAGCCUUUCGCUAUCUAUACAACUGCUACUAGACAGCCUGAAAGAGAGAAAGGAAAGAAAUGAGACUGGCAACCUUCCUUUUGCUCGGCUUUUUUCCUCUUUGUAAUUCAUCCCCCUUUGUUUCUUCUCUCUCUCUCUUUCUCUCUCUGUUUCCCCACUUCCCAUUCUCAGCUCAUUGAGAAUGAGACCUUUCAAUUCGUGUCUCCAUAAAUUUAAUAAAGCUAAAGCUUUCACCACCAGACUGUCCCUAGUCCAUAUCAUAGCCUUCUCUCCCUCCUCUCUCUCUCAGACUACUACUACUUCCUUGGAAAGAUUGGCUUUUGGUCUCCCCCUCUUUUCCUUCCCUUUUCAGCUUCUGGGUAUGAAUGUUUGAUAUUCAUGGUCCUUCGAGAUGGUUCCAUGGCCAAGAAUUUACUGAGCUCAGUCCACAACACCAUCACCCUGGUUAUCUUUGUCACACUUCUCCAUCUCCUCCUCUCUCCGGCUUCUUGCGUUUCCCAGCAGCUCCCGUCUCUGGCUCCUCAGGGUUUGUUAAUCGAAGAUAAGACCCGCCUGGGUUCCACUCCACCGAGUUGUCGUAACAAGUGCAACGAGUGCCACCCUUGCAUUGCUGUCCAGGUGCCUACAAUACCGAGUCAUGACCGAGUCCAACCCGGUCUCCGGAGAGCCAAGCCUGUGGAUCUGCUGGUGUCAUCUCCAUCCAAGGACGACGUAAAAUACUCCAACUACAAACCAGUGGGUUGGAAAUGCCGAUGUGGGAAUCUCCUUUUCAAUCCUUGAAGAGGUAAAAAAAACAAAAAAAUCAGUUUUAGUGAAGAAGCUUCUUCAAAUUCAGUGGAGACCAUGGCUUCUCAUUAUCAUCCGCUUAGAGUCUCUGUAACUUGUCAUGAAUUACUGACACAGAAGAAACUGAAAACCCACCAUGCUCUGUGCUUCUCCAGUUCUUCAUGAUCUGGGUUUUCUAUUUUAAAAAGAAACUGAAAACCCACCACGCUCUGUUCUUUUUCGGUUCUUCCUGAUCUGGGCUUCUCUUUUAUUUUCUUUCUCUGUAAAUAUUUUUCCAAAACAUGAAGUUCUUGUUCCCAGGGAUAGGAUAGGGAAGAAGACACAUAACUGCUGUGAGAAUUUAUUAUAGUUGGAAUUUUUAUUUGUUUCAGAAUAAAACUGUAUAGGUACUAUCUCUCUUUAUUGAUUA